AUGUUCACUUCAGUGAAGGCCUUCGAGGGGCAGCAGUACUCCACCCUGAAGAGGCAGUGCUUGCAGAGUGGCCUGCUCUUCGAGGACCCCCGCUUCCCCACCAUCGACGACUCGCUCUUUCACCAGGGCAACAGGAUUGGACGCGUGGUGUGGAAGAGACCUCGGGAGCUGUGUGAGGACCCUCAUCUGUUUGUCGAUGGCAUCAGUGCACACGACCUCCAUCAGGGGCAGCUGGGUAACUGCUGGUUCGUAGCGGCGUGCUCCAGUCUGGCGUCCAGAGAGUCACUGUGGCAAAAAGUCAUCCCAGACUGGAAGGAGCAGGAGUGGGACACAGAGAAGCCAGAAUCAUAUGCCGGGAUUUUCCACUUCCGCUUCUGGCGCUUUGGCGAGUGGGUGGAUGUGGUGAUUGACGACCGGCUACCGACGGUGGAUAACCAGCUGGUCUACUGCCACUCCAACGACAGCAAUGAGUUCUGGAGCGCCCUGGUGGAGAAGGCCUAUGCCAAGGUUUACGGGUGCUACGAGGCUUUGGACGGGGGAAACACAGCCGACGCACUGGUGGACUUCACUGGGGGCGUCUCGGAGCCCGUUGACCUGCUGGAGGGUCAGAUGGCGACGGACGAAGUGGCCCGUAACCAGCUGUUUGAAAGAGUUCUCAAAGUCCACAACAGAGACGGCCUCAUCAGCUGCUCCAUCAGGGCGACCACUAUCGAGGACAUGGAGGCACGGCUGGACUGCGGCCUGGUCAAAGGCCACGCCUACGCUGUAACCGACGUACGGAAAGUGCGGCUGGGUCAUGGACUGCUGGCCUUCUUCAAAUCGGAGAAGCUGCAGAUGAUCCGCAUGAGGAACCCGUGGGGAGAGAAGGAGUGGAGCGGCCCGUGGAGCGACAGCUCCGAGGAGUGGAACAAGGUGAGCAAGAGCGAGAGAGAGAAGCUGGGCGUCACGGUGCAGGACGACGGAGAGUUCUGGAUGACGUUCGACGACUUCUGCCAGUACUUCACUGACUUGAUCCUGUGUCGCCUCAUCAACACGUCCUACUUGAGCAUCCACAAAACCUGGGAGGAGGAGGUGAUGAAGGGCUCCUGGGUCCAUCGCCAGGACCCCCUCCGCAACCGAUCCGGGGGCUGCAUCAAUCACAAGGCCACCUUCCUGCAGAACCCUCAGUACGUGUUUGAUGUGAAGAAGGUUGAGGAUGAGGUGUUGAUCUGCUUACAGCAAAAAGAAAAGAGAGCAACACCCAAAGAGGGAAAAGGGGAAAACCUCGCCAUCGGCUUCGAUAUUCACCGGGUGGAGCUAAAUCGGAAGUACCGUAUGCACUCAGCCCAGCAGAAAGUAGCGGGCUCCAUCUACAUCAACUCACGCUGCGUCUUCCUCAGGAAGGAGCUGAAGGAGGGCCGCUACGUCAUCAUCCCCACAACGUUCGACCCCACGCAGCAGGGCGACUUCCUCCUGCGUGUCUUCACUGAUGUGCCUUCAGACUGCAAAGAGCUGACACUGGACGACCCUCCUCAGACGUGUUGGACGGGGAUGUGCGGCUACCCUCAGCUGGUCACUCAGGUCCAUGUACUGAACGCUGAGGGUCUGCAGGGACAGGACUCGAACGGAGCUGUGGAUCCUUACGUGAUCAUCACCUGUGAGGGGGAGAGGGUCCGUUCCCCGGUUCAUAAGGACACACGCUGCCCAAACUUUGACGUCAAAGGCCUGUUCUACCGCAAGAAACCUAAAGAGGGCAUCCACAUCGAGAUCUACAACAAGAACAUGAUCGUGGACACCUUCCUGGGUCAGGUCAUCAUGUUCAGCGACCCCAACGAGCGGCAGGAGCAGCACACGCUUCACCUCCGCGACAAGGGCAACCGCCAGGAUAACGACCUCCCGGGCACGCUCACUGUGCGCCUCAUCACCUCCACCACGCUAACCAACAUCUGAUGACACCGUCAACGCGGGAAGUGGCGUUCAACCGUUUCUCGUUCGCCGUUCAUCCUCCAACCGUCGUGGGAGCUCACUGUGCCGCUUGCGCUCUCUUAUAGUUUCCCCCGUUUUCUUUCGCGCCAUUGUUUAAAUUCAACUUUCUGUCACGAGUGUUUUUUGAAGGCCGAAACCUUUAUCUGAAAAUGGGAGGAGUCCAUCUCCGGGGGGUUUGAACACAUUCCUGCCAAAACUGUCAUUUAUUUAGUGAUCACAUGAGACGUGACAGAUUAUUUUUUUUUUAAUUUUAUUUUUGCCAGAAUCUCCGUUAAAGUCUGAGCUACAGAUUUUGAAGACGAGGCCGGUGUUAUCCUGAAGUUUCUGUUAAUCCGUCGGAAUCUAAUCUUCAAAAAUAUAUUUUCUCCUCAACACUCACGAUGCACAUAAAAUACACAUAUGCAGACGUUUCUGCACUCGCCAUGCAUGUGCCAAUGUUUCCAAGGGCUAUGCAUUGCCUUAAGGCCGAGUCUCUCCACCUUCAGGAGAUUCGAGGGGUUGUGUUACUCCUUUAUGUUCUCCAACAGCUUUCCUCAGUGGUAGCACAGCCUCCAUCUGUGACUCUGCAUCCGAAACCACUUCUGUGUAGUUUUAACGUCUGUCUCCUGUAUACUCACAUAUAACGUAUACUCUUUUAUAUUGGUGUGAUGAUCCUCCCACCCAGUCCCUCCACCCAGACACCUCAAGACUCCUCCGGUUUGCUUGUGCUUUGGAAAGCAUGCAGCUCUGUCUGUCACUUUUUCUACCGUGGACUUUACAAACGAAAGCCAACAGCAGCUACUCUCUCCCUCGACUCAGAGCUUUUCAGUGCAGUUUUUUGCGAACGUGCUCGCGUGUGAAAUCUUGCCUCCCCGUCUUCCAUCGCUAGCACCAUCCCAAACUCCCCCAGACGCUUUCUGCCGGUUGCUAUGGACGAUCGUCAAACUGCAUGACUUCAAAAAAAAAAAAAGGAAAUAAACUAAUCUCUGCCUGUGCUGCACAUGUCGUCAGUCGUAGCUUAGCAGCCGGUGCUUGUGAUCGUGCUAGCUGUCCUCCUUUGACUCCUCAACCCCUUCCCAUGUGUACCCAGUUCAGCGGAGUGCAAAGAUUCACCCUGACAUAAAUCAAGUGCUUUAUGGGACCAAAGAUGAGCCAGGCCCUUUGCUCCCCCCGGUCCCUUUCAGACCGUCCUGGCCUGGCCUGGCCCAAGCCUCGCUACAAACCACCACCCCCUGUGCCACAUCAUCUCUUAAUGGCAACACCACUGCCUGAUGCUUCCUCCGACUUGAGAGUCCGUUGGCUUGGGCCAAAUACUCGCGCCACGAGACCCCGAGACACAGCAGCUACGCUUCUGCUGUUGGCACAGAACAGGGGUGAGUGUCUGUCUGUGUGUGUGUGUGUGUGUGUGUGUGUGUGUGUGUGUUUGUUUGAGAGAGUGUGUACUUGUUUGUGUAUCCCAGUGAGGACUGUAAACUGAAUACACACCCACCAGUGGGGACUCGUGGGGACAGAAUUGACGUCUCCACUGGUCCAGACUGCUGCUUUUUGAGGGUCAACACCUGGUUUGGGGUUAAGGUGACACUUAGUGUGUGUGUGUGUGUGUGUGUGUGUGUGUGUCCUGCUAACUUCAGUGUUUUCCUAAACAGGAGUGCUUGGAUGAAUGUAUUUCAGUUAAUCCACGUUAUACCGGGAAGAAAACGAUUUCUAAGGAAAGGUGUGAACUCAAAGGAAAAGAGCCCUUUAGGCGAAAACACACCUUGCACUUUAUUCAGUUUCAAUGGGGUCCGAAGCCCCUGAAGGGUGAAAGGAGGAGGAGGAGGAGGAGGUGGGAGUUCGGAGGAGACUUCCUGCCAAACAACCUGUGCCAUUGCCUUGGUCCUGGCUUUGCCUCCGCUGCAGGAAACAGCAUCAGACACGGGAUUAACUGUUCGAUACCUUUCAAAGGGAUUUCAGAUCAGAUGGCUUUUGCAUAUUGACCCAGUGAUGGUCUAAUCCAUCUCUGAUGAACCAUGGCACUUCUGUCAUACAUCAUGUUC